ACUAGGGUUUACAAAUACAAGUACAGAGGAAUCGGCGUCGCUAAACUUCUGCAGAGAAAUUUAGAGCCGACAGAUCGACAACUUAUAACAAAGGAAUUUGAGAAGCAGCUGAAAUAUUUGAGGAAUGGAAAAUGCUCUUCUGGUGUUAGCAUCUCUUCUGAACCAACAUACUUGGAAUUACAUUUCUCAUGUAAUGUUUUGGAAAUAGUAUGGACUGGAGAAUCCAUAAAAGGUGAAGGGAAUAGCUCUAUUUUAGUAACUUUACGUGAUCCUCGAACUGGAAAAGUUGUCAAGAUGGGACCAGAAGCCUCAGCCAAAGUGGAAAUAUUUAUCCUAAGAGGGAGCUUUGAGAGUGAUGAUUGGACAGAAGAAGAGUUCAGCCAAAAUAUUUUAAGGGAAAUGAAUGGGAAAAAAAUCCUCAAGGGCAAUGCUUGUCUUGAACUAAAAGAAGGCAUAGGAGCCUUAGACGAUCUCUCUAUUCUGCAUAAUAAGAUUUGGAAGCGGGUAACUAAGCUAAGGCUUGGAGCAAGACUCAUGGAUAGUUUUCAAAAUAUCAGAGUAAAAGAAGCAAAGACACAAACUUUCACUAUGAAAGACAAAAGGAUGAAAGCUGAUAUGGUGAAGGGCGCAGUAGUAGUAUCUCUUAUGGAUAAUGUAUGGUGCCUAAAAAACAUUAGACAACAUAGACCUAUUGUUGACCGUUUGACGGAAAGAGGCAUAAAAACUAUAAAAGAUUUUCUGAGUCUAUAUUUUGUGCACUCUGAAGAGCUCAGGGAGAUUCUUGGGCGUGUCUGGACUGAAAGGAAAUUGAAGGCAACGAUAGAUCAUUGUCUUAAAUGCAAGAAGCUUGAGAAAAGGUACUUGGCCCCACACCCAAAUGAUUCUGAGGAGAACUAUGGAGUAGUUUAUACGGAGGUAUUUAAUGUUUUGGGGAUCUUCAAGGGAAGCCAAUUCAUUCCUUUUGAUAAGCUCUCUGAAACACUUAAGUGUAAUGCACGCAACCGUGUCAAAGAUGCUUUUGAUAACAAGGAAGAAGAGGCAGUUGUCUGGGAUGAAACUAUAUAUCCUCUAGUUUCACCUACUGCUAUAACUUGUGCUUCUUCUAAUGAACCUUUUUCUUCUUAUUCCAUGAUGGAUGAUGAUGUUGCUUCUGGAGCAACAAUUGGAACUGAAGCUAUAUAUCCUCUAGUUUCACCUACUGCUAUAACUUGUGCUUCUUCUAAUGAACCUUUUUCUUCUUAUUCCAUGAUGGAUGAUGAUGUUGCUUCUGGAGCAACAAUUGGAACUGAAGCUAUAUAUCCUCUAGUUUCACCUACUGCUAUAACUUGUGCUUCUUCUAAUGAACCUUUUUCUUCUUAUUCCAUGAUGGAUGAUGAUGUUGCUUCUGGAGCAACAAUUGGAACUGAAGCUAUAUAUCCUCUAGUUUCACCUACUGCUAUAACUUGUGCUUCUUCUAAUGAACCUUUUUCUUCUUAUUCCAUGAUUGAUGAUGAUGUUGCUUCUGAAGCAACAAUUGGAACAGAUGUCUUCAGUUGGGGAGAGGAAGGUGAAGUAGAUAGAAAUGCUUCAGUUAUGGAUAAGAUCCCUCUGUUCAGUUCACAUGGCUUGGAAAAUGGACAUGAUCCUACUACAGGGGGAGAAAUCUUCUCCCCUGAUGACCAUGGGUAUGCAAUGUUCGAAAAUGAUCCCAAUAAUAUCCUUCUGCUAUCAGUCAUGAUGAAUAUGAAUCGAUUUAACUAGAAUUGUGUCCUUCGAAUACCAUCAUUUAAUAACGAGGAUGAACUCUAUCUUUAGUAGUGGACCGCAAUGCCCAUUAAAUAGCCGAGCCGGUGAUAGUUCAUGGGUUCUCCUACAAAAUCCAGGUAUCCAUCACAUGGAGUUCCUUCGGUUUUCUGGUUGAUAGAAACAGUUGAUUUAUGAAAAAAAAAAAAAAAAAUUCUGUUUGUGGAAUUCAUAUUUUAUAAUUUUCACUGUAAUGUAUACUUUGAGUUUGUUUGAUGUUGGUCA